CCGAAAAACUCUCCAACUGGGGUGCCCAAAAAGCGUCGAAAUCGUCGAAAUAUAAGUGACUCACAACUCUCCGAAAUUACGUAACAAUGAUAAUAAACGGAACAGUAAGACCGGGCAGGUACGGGUGUGAUUGUUGAGACAACCUAAAACCAAAACUCUGAAGCAAAAAUGCAGUGAUACUCUAAUUCUGACUAUGAGAACUCGACAACCAAAUAAACCAAGAGCACGUGUGUCCUCCCGCCAAAAAUGCCGAAACUCUGGUCAUACUUCGUAUUCCUCCUCUGGGUAUCCUACCUGAUGGCCGGAGGCCUCUUCCUCUUCAUCGACGGAUUCUUCUUGACCCGCAUCUCCCGCCCCGAGAAAACCAACUGCACCCCCUGUCUCUCCUGUUCCCCAGAGUCCCUCCUAGAGAACCUCACUUCCUUCCCAGACAUCUGCUUGCCGCCCAGAGCGCGAGUUGUUCUCCUGGUGAUCGACGCACUGAAAUAUGACUUCCUGAAGUGGACAGACAGCCCUCCAGACGUUAACUUCCACCGGAACAAAGUUCCAAUCGUCCACAGACUCCUGACAGAGGAGCCCACCAAUGCCAGACUAUUCAAGAGCAUCGCGGAUCCCCCGACGACGACGAUGCAGAGGAUAAAGGCCUUGACCACUGGAACCCUCCCCACCUUUAUCGACAUCAGUUCAAGCUUCUCAACGGGAGAGAUCGACGAGGACAAUCUGAUCGAACAGAACAACAAAAAUGGCGUCGUCUUCAUGGGCGACGACACCUGGACAGGAUUAUUCCCAGAUAAAUUUCUGAGACAAUUUCCUUCCCCCUCAUUCAACGUUUUUGAUCUAGAUACAGUGGAUCGUGACGUCAGAAAUCGAAUAUUCUUCGAACUCCAGAGAAAAGACUGGUCUUUGUUGGUGGCACAUACCCUGGGGGUGGAUCAUUGCGGUCACAAACACGGACAGAAUCAUCCUGAGAUGAUCAGAAAGCUGAAUGAGACGAACGAACUGAUCAAUGAGAUUGUUCAGGUUCUCGAUAAUCACACGGUUCUGUUCGUCGUUGGGGACCACGGAAUGACGGAAUCCGGGGACCACGGCGGGGAUUCCCCCAGCGAGGUGGAAGCUGCCAUGUUUGUUUACUCGAAGCGACCUCUGCAGGAUCAAACUCAGAUGGAGAACUUUAGAACUGUCAAUCAGGUGGACAUUGUCCCGACGUUUUCGGCUAUUUUGGGGACGCCUAUUCCGUUUUCUAAUAUUGGAGCUGUUAUACUUGAUGCUUUGCCGAAAUUCAGGAAUGGAACGGUUUCGGAGCAUCCUUGGUAUACGGUGAACGCUGUGUGGAGGAACGUUGUCCAGACGAAAAGGUACAUCGAAGCUUACUCAUCGGACACCUAUCUAUUCACCGAAGAGAAGCUAGAAACGCUUGACAAACUCUACAAAGACCUCCAGGAGCACCUGAAGAACAUGACAGACAACAAGAGUCUCCACACCUUCCUAGAAACCUCCACCACCUACUUCAAGUACCUUCGAGACUCGUGCCUCGAAAUCUGGGUGCAGUUCGACGCGAACCUGAUGUCCCAGGGUCUCGUCCUCUCCUUCUGCAUCCUCUUCUUCAUGUACCUGAUCCUGACUGGAAUCCCCCAAGCCAGAAUGCUGAAGAUCCUAGAAUCAUCAUUCCUCCGGAUCUCCCUCGCUGGAAACCUCGCAGGAGCCUUCAUAGUCUACACCCUCUACUCCCUGAAAAUCCUAGAAGACUUCAAGAACACGAACUUCUUCGUCUCCGGAGUGAUCUCCGUGUCUCUCCUUGCGAUCCUCGUGAUCCAGAAUUGGGACGUCAUAUCAGACACGUGGUACACCAACUCCAAACACAAGAAAUACAACUACUUCCUGAGGGUGAUCCUGGGGCUGACUAUCUGCGGAUUAUUCUCCAACAGCUAUGUAGUGCACGAGGACAAGGUCCUCUCGUUCCUCCUGAUCACCCUCAUCUGGGUGCUGGUUUACACGAUCAAUGACGAGCCUGAGAACCUUGAGAAGAAGCACAAGAGGUCGAAGCCUUAUCAGCAGAGGAUCUUCUUGAUCACCUUGGGCUUCAUCAUCUCAGUGUCGAUCAGGGCCUCCAGCUACUUCUGGCGGUGCAGGGAGGAGCAACUGGGCGACUCCUGCACCACUGUCAUCCUGGGAAAGGUGGGGUCCAUGACGUCCAACAACUUCGAGAGAGUUCUUCUGAUUUUUACACUCGUUGGAUUGGCGUUGUACAUCACAAUCGUCAGGAUGUGGCUGUCCAACUGUGGUAACUUGUCUGGAUUCUCCCCCAGCACGACUUUGGCGAGGUACUGCCAUCCCCUGAUGGUGGUCUGCAUGGGGAGCUACUGGGUUAUUCAGAGAUUACCCAAAGAUCCUAGAAUCAAGUUUGUCUUUGCCUGGCAGAUGAACGGCUUUGCUCUCGUCGUCUACUGCUGUGUCAUUCUGGCUGUUGUUGUGAUAUUUGUUAAACCACUGCAAGUGUUUCUGCUGCCCAGGAAUCGAGACAGUCUCAAUGUUUAUCAGGGGGAGAACAUUGUUCCCAAGUUGUUUGAUAAAGUUAAGGAACUUUUUUAUAACAGAAAACGAGACGGGGAGGAUGAUAUUCCUGUGGUUUACGGGCUUGGGACUGUUUACAGUGCUGCUUUUGUAUCACUUGGGGUUUUUGGGAGUUUGAUUUAUGCAUUGCUGCUUGGAAACGUUCUAGCUCCAAGUGUCUUGCUGCUGGUGGUCACGGGGACUGUCGUGCUGGGGAUUGUUGCGGUGGAGAGGUUCAGGAAUGCUAAUGAUAUUAGUGAACUCAUGCACGUGCCGGACACAGCAAUUUUCUGCUGGUUCCUCAUUGCCGAGUAUUUCUUUUAUGGAACUGGGCAUCAACCGACGUUUCCGACCAUUUAUUGGGAUGCUGCGUUCGUUGGAACUGGAGGGCAUUACUAUGGAAAUAUUAUUCCAGCUGUUUUGAUAGGAAUAAAUACAUUUGGCUCACAUUUACUAAUGGGUCUGACUCUUCCCCUCUUGAUCAUCUCGCCAUUCACAAUUUUCGUGAUGAUUCCAAAAUUAGCGAAAGUGAAAUUCCGAGUUGACGAGGACAUGAAGAGAGGGGAAUUGAUUCUCUUCGACAAAGAUAGUGCAUUUCAGACUGCUGUGUUCAACACAUCAUCAAGAUACCUUCUCUUCCACGGAUUCCGAGUGUUCGCUUGCAUGUUUGCAGCGACGAUUCACUGUCGUCACCUCAUGGUCUGGAAGAUCUUCGCUCCAAAGUUGAUUUUCGAAGGGUUGAGCUUUCUCGUCACCCUCGGGAGCAUUCUCGCCUCAUUUUUCCUAGUUAUAAGGAUUGAUAAUCAAGUGGAGAAACUCAUAACUAGAGUGACGAAAGCCAGUGUUGCAGGUGACCGAUGGGGUUUCCACGGGCUAGGGGCUACUAGCCACUCAAGGCCUCACUGACUCGUAUAGAGCCGGAGGGGGUUGUUUGAUUGAUGUUUGGGGGAUUUCCAGCUAAAGAUAGUUUUGCGAGGGCAUUGUGUACAUACGCAUAUAUAUACAUAAGUUGUUAUUUACAUUCAAAGUUUAUAUAAGUCGCCACGCCGUUUUCCACGUCACUCUACUUUGCAUGAGAUUUGUACCAGCU